ACAUGGACCACAGACUUCACUUCCUGCUCGCGGUCUGCGUCCUGACCUGUCCUCCUGUCAGCGGCCUGUUUGAGUGGCUGAAGGCCACCUGGACUCCUCCUCCGGCAGCACCUCCUCCUGCUCCUCCAGCGGCUCCUGCACCCCUCAGUGAAGACGCUCGCUUUGAGAUGAUGACUGCAGAUGAGAAGUUUGUGAGCGAGGCGAAGCAGCUGGAGCUCAGCCCGUUAGACAGCUGCCACUACAAGGUGAUCGCCCGACUAAAGUCCAGCUGCGAGAGUCUGUCUGAGGAGUCCCUGGCCAAGCUGGGAGUGGAGCUGUUUAACUGCCAGGCGCAGACCGAGGGCCGGCGCACGUUUCCCUGCUCAGAGGAGAUGACCAUCAGGGAGUGCACGUCGGACAUGGAUCCAGACACGUGGAACGCGUACCACAUCGUGAGCAACCGAGCGCGCUCCGUGUGCUACGCCACGCGCCAGCAGCUGUUCCGGCGCCGAGCGGAGCUGACGGUCAACGCUCUGAUCUCCACGGCCAGCAGCCAGCUGGAUGCCAUGAAGGACCUGCAGGAGGGCCAGCUGGAGCUGAAGGAGCUGACGGCGGCGUCUCUGGACAAGCUGCUGGAGGGUCACGGCGCCCUGCGGGCCCAGCAGGGGGCGCUGCACCGAGGCCAGGAGCAGAUGGAGGGUUCCCUGAGGAGCAACCUGGAGCGUCUGAGUCAGGAGAAGGCCCUGAUCGCCUCGGGCCAGGAGCUGGUCGCUCAGCUGAUUCAGAGCAUCACCAAGAAAAUGGAGAACGUGAGCGAAGCCCUGCAGGUCCAGAGCUCGGAGGUACAGGACGGACACAAGGWGAUCGUGGAGGACCUCGCAGACGUCCGACAACAAGCUCAGGACAUCUACCAGAGAAUUGACCAGAGCAUGUCGGAGUUCCUGCAGUACCAGGACCAGACCUCCCAGUACUACACAGACCUGAUGGACAAGCUGGACCGCAUGAACGGCACGCUGGGCUUCAUGCUGCAGCUGCUCGACCACAUGCAGGGCGCCAUCGAGGAGCGGCUGCACGCCAUCCAGGGCUACCUCGGCUGGGCGGGUUUGAGUCUGACAGCCAUGUGGUCCUGCGUGGCACACGCGGCGUACUUCCUGUUGGGGGCGGUCCUCCUGACGUUCCUGCGCUGCUCGUGGUUCUCCCGAGCUCUGCUGCUGCUCGUGGUUCCGCUGAACGCAGCGGCCGAAGUCAACCAGCAGCCGGCGCUGGACCUGACCGGGCUGAGCCUGCUGCUGCUCGCCGCGUCUCUGGCUCACUGGUUCCUGAAUCAGCUGUGGGCCUGCUUUCAGAGCAGCCGAAGUCCGGCUGCCUCGCUCCUCGCGCUGUACCCGUCGAACGUCGCGGAGCCGCAGAAAGACGUGACGUCAUCGGGAAACUCGUAUCCUCAGUCUUCCACACCGCAGAGGGACCUGAAGUACGACGUGGAUCCAGACCAGCUGUUGGACCAGGACCAGUUUUUACCAGGUGACCUCAGCCUGUCGAUGGUGUCUCCAGAGGCCAGGUCCAGGUCCAGACUGACCCCUCAGUGCGUCCUCUCAGGGGCUCUGAUGGACGACACCCCCCUGAAGAACCUGGGAGCUGGUUCUGAUGCGGAGAACUGGACCGACUUCAGGUCCGACUGGAGGAGCGCGAGUCCCGCCCCGUCUCUGCUCACCAACAGCAGCUCUGUGUCGGGGCGCCAGCUCUGCAACGGAACCACGAAAACCGGGAAAGCCUGCAAGAAGAGGGCUGUCCCGGGUCAGGAGUUCUGCCGGGUCCACGAGGGGGGCCACUCCUCCUACGCCCUCUCCUAAAGUUUCUGUAGCAAUUUUUUAACAUUUUGUUUUUAUUCUCAUGUUUUAUUGUCUUUUUUAAAUAAAUCCCUGCCUGUUUUAA